AUGGCUCCACUUGGUUCCCCUUGGGCCUGGAUCCUGGCAUUCCUGAUGUCAGUUCUGAUCAUGGGAGACACAGGCCUGACAGGUCAGAAGAAUGGGGCCUACCUGGGGAACCAGGCCUGCCAGGAAUAUGGGAGCCAGCAACAGGCUGGGAGUAGCCGUCUGGCGGAGAGCCACCAGGAUGCUACUGUUGCUCGGGAUACUGAGAGUCGCAUCUUAAAUGGCACAGACUGUAACCCCCAAACCCAACCCUGGCAGGCAGCUUUGUUUCUGAAACCCAACAGCCUUUUCUGUGGGGCAGUGCUGGUCCAUCCGCAGUGGGUGCUCACUGCUGCACAUUGCCAGAAACCUUCCUAUACAGUUAUUCUGGGCCGGUACCAUCUCCACAAUUCUGGGGCAAGUGAGAAGAUUCUCCGUGGUGUUCGGUCCUUCCCCCACCCCAACUAUACCCGGCCAGCUCACUCUAAUGAUCUCAUGUUAAUUAAAUUGAACAGAAAGGUCUUAGGCUCAAAAAGCAUCAAACCCAUCAACAUCUCAACUCAGCCCCCAACUUCUGGGGCCCGGUGCCUUGUAUCAGGCUGGGGGACCACCAGCAGUCCUCAAGUUCACUAUCCCGAGGUCCUACAAUGUCUUAACAUCACGAUCCUGUCUCAGGAGGCCUGCCAGAAGGCCUACCCCGGGGAGAUCAAUUCUAGCAUGUUCUGUGCUGGAGAUGAAAAGGGCAGGGAUUCCUGUCAGGGUGACUCCGGGGGCCCUGUGGUCUGCAAUGAAACACUUCAGGGCCUGGUAUCAUGGGGGGACGUUCCCUGUGGACAGCCCAACAAACCUGGCGUCUACACCAACCUCUACCCAUUCAACAAAUGGAUCAAAGACACCAUCAAAAACAACUGA